AUGGCCAAUCAGCAUAACUGCCAAGCCGCCCGUGAGGCCGCUAGCUGUUUACUGUUACCAGCACCUUACGGCGCGGAGGCUACGGUCCCUACCAACCGACCAACUUUGAACGCAGUCAGACCUCAGGCUGUUUGUUCCAUCAUCGACUCCCUUUUUGCGUGUGUCGCUUUUCAAGCCGGCUUUUCUCCGUCUCCUCUGUGUUGGCUUCGUGUCCUCCGCAUCCUGCUUAUUGUUCCAUAUAUUGCCUCGCUUCUGGUCGCCUCUGCCUGGUUUUCCCUCGCUUCCGCCGUCGCCCUUGAUCUGGCUCUCCUCCCCCCUUUACUUCCGACUCUCACCAUCUUCUUUCUUCGCGCGACCCUUCCGAUUUCCUCGCCCUUUUGUGUGGCAGAGCAGUUGCCAUUCUUUCUUUGGACCGUUAUUUCUUCCACCGAUUAUCGAAAGGGCGGGCCUUCUUCUGACCUGCACUGA